UAUAUACAAUUGUGUGAAUGUUGAUUACUGUGAAGUGUUGCUUUAGAAUUCGAUACUUUUAUAUCAUAUAUUUUUAAGUAUUGCAAUAGUUUUAAAAAUCAUUUCAUAAUCAAAGUUUUAUAAUGUAUAUUUCAAAAUUUUCUUCUGCCAUUUAAUAAGUGAAUUUAAAGGUUAAGUUUAUACAUUAUUGUGAUGCUUUUAAUGCAAAAAAUAUACUUUAUGUAUUGGCAAUUUUAAUUAAAUGAUGAGUGUCCCGAAACUUAUUAGCAGAUUAUAUAGUCCGAAGAUAUUGUGGUUUCAAACGGAUGUUACGGUUAUCAUACGUAUCUUACUACAAGAUGUUGAUAACUAUUACCUACAUGUUGAAUGUGAUCAUUUACUAUUUAGCUGUACCAUAAAUGGAAAAGAUUAUUAUGUUAUUUUGUACCUGUUUGGGACAGUGGUAGCAGAAAAAACUAUGCAUGAAAACAUAGGAAGAGAGAUCAAGAUUACACUAACAAAAGCUCAUAAAUGGACAGAAUGGCUAAGGCUACAUAUUGAAACCGAAAAGAAACCUUUAAUUGUAUCAGAUACAGAUCAUUUAUAUAAACCUUGUUGGCUUGAAGAUGCUGCAAAAAUAGAGAGAGAAAGCUUUGCAGAAUAUAAACGACGAAAUAAUAUAUCACAAAUUAUGCCAGAUGUGCCAUCUACUGAUGAAGAAGAGUCUGAUGAUGAUGUAAUGGAUAUGCUGUUUAUUUAAUAAACAUUAAUGUUGUAUCACCAACAUUUAUGAGCACAGUGUUUUUUGAAUGGAUUGACUUAGGAUGUAAAUGUUUCUAUGCUUCACUAUCUGUGAAUGUACUGUGAAUCAAUGUAUUUAACCCUUUGCGGACGAGUGUUGGCAAAUAGCCGCCCAAGUCUUUUUACCGUUGCGGACGCGUGUCGGCAUAUAGCCACCCAAUUCUUGCGCUGCGACUGGCGUACGUUUGUCGUUCUAAAUGAUAAGAUACGCAUGGGUAUCCCUCUGCGGACGAGUAUCAGCAAAUAAGCUUUGUAGUGAUGAAGUCUUAUCUUCCGUAUAGUGUAAACUUAUGAUGCAAGACCAUGGUAGGUUCAGAACGAAUUUCAGUUUGUCGAGUCAGUCUUUCAGUGUCACUACCAGAGAAACCAGCAAAGUUUUUCACAUAUUUUAUAUCUUAUAACAUCCUACACACGAUGGCUAAAAGAUUCAGAGACGAUACGUUCAAUAGUAACAGUACUGAUGAGUUCCAGUUUAAAUCUGACAACACAGAAGAUGACGUCAUUGUUUCAUCCAGUGAAAGUGAAAUCCUUGCAACAAGGAAUGCAUGGAGGUGUUUCAACGUGGGCAGUGAUAGUAGCAGUAAUGAAGAAAUGAAUAUUCAAGAAAUUGAUAGCAGUAGUGAUAACGAAUGGACAAAUGUCACAAAUCAUGAUAUCAUUCUACAAAAAAUACAAUUUAAUUCUGGAUCACGAACCUCUGGUUCAUAACUAAAUUCAACUUAUACAGAACCAUUAUAUAUAUAUAUAUAGAUUUCUUCAACUCGUUCUUUACCGAUGAGUUGAUCAAGAAAAUAGUUGAGGAGACUAAUCGGUAUGUAAAUCAUAUGAUACGAGGAAAACAUCUAGAAAAGAAUGUCACACCAAAAGAAAUGCGAGCAUUUCUCGGCAUAAUAUUGCUUAUGGGGACAAUGUCACUUCCAAGCCUGAAAGAUUAUUGGACCACAGAAAAGAAAUGUAGGAUCCCAUACUUUGCCGAAAUAUUCAGGAGAGACCGAUUCUUACAAGUAUUUUGGAUGCUUCACACAAAUGAAAAUAUUGAAGGUAUGCGAAACAUGGCAACAAGGACGCAAAAAAUGAGCAAUUUGUUCGAUUACAUUGAUAGUAAAUGUCAUGAAAAUUUUGUACCCGGGGCGGAGUUAUCUGUGGAUGAAUCAAUCGUCAAAUUCAAAGACGAAUAAGUUUUAUUACGUACAACCCACAAAAACCAACCAAGUUGGGUAUCCAUAUUUAUGUUCUUGCAGACACCAAUAUUGGUUAUAUACAAACUAUUUUACCAUAGUAUAGCAGUUUUACUACGGAGAAAUUACUUAGAUCAGAUCUGCCAAUAAGCACAAGAACAGUCUUACAACUAUAUCACAAUUUAUUGCAAUUCAAUCCUGGCAGUGUAGGAUACCAUAUCUUCAAUGACCGAUACUUCAUAAGCAUUCCUUUGGCAGAUGCACUACUGAAAAUGAAAUGUAAUCUAACUAGAACUAUCCAGACGAAUAGGAAAUUUAUUCCACGUGAAAUAAAAAAUCGAAAGAUUGCAAAAAAUGAAGCCAUUGCCUACAGACGGAAAGAUUUACUAUUUAUUGGCUUGGAGAGACAAGCGUAUUGUGACCGUGCUCAGCACCUGUGUUACCUCAUCUUCGAAAACCGUUACUAAAAGGUCACGCAAAAAAGGAAGAACUCGUAUUGUGGAGCCAGACGUGAUUAUAAAUUAUAAUAAAUAUAUGGGUAGGGUAGAUAAAGCAGAUCAGUACACAGGCACGUACUGUUUCAUGAGAAAGUCUCAAAAAUGAUGGCGAAAAUUAUUUUUUUGGGGAUUGGAAGUUUCAGUGAUGAAUUCCUAUCUAUUAUAUCAAGAACAUCACAAGAAAUACAAUAUAAAAAAGUUAUCUCAUUUACAAUUUGUACGUCACUUGGUAGAUCAAUUGAUUGGAGAUUUUCGAGAUGCUAAUCCCAAGGCUCCUUCGACUUCUGGAACAGCAGAAAGGCUCAACGGCCUUCUACAUAUUAUUAUGCGAAAUGAGACAGGAAGAAGUAAAAAUUGCCUCGUAUGCUCUAAUCGAAAAAUAAAACACGGAAGAAGAGAGUCGAGGUACUAUUGUGCUACUUGUUCGGCUAAACCGGUCUUGCAGAUAGGUGAUUGUUUCAAACAAUAUCACACAAAGCACGAAUAUAAAACGUCUCAUAUAUAAAGACGACUAAAUUUGUUUGUUUAUGAUUUUACUGGAUUUUAUGAAAAAGUUAUUUGAAUAAAGCUUCAGUUUUUAUAACGCAAACGUGCGACGUGAACAUUUUCUUCACUGCGCGCUCCAAUACCUGUCGUCCAUAGCGACGCUCACCCGUCGAGCGGCUUCGUCCGCAAAGGGUUGAUAAUGUUUCAGUACAUAAAUUAAACAAGAAAACUUAACUUUU